GCGCAGCAGGAGUUGUUGGGACGGAGGCCUCGCCAGACCCUGCCCCUCCAUUCGGGGGCCCGCGUCGUCCGUCCUUUUGUUUUCUCCCGUCCUCUGAUUGAUGGAGCGACAAGGUGAUGCACGUUCUAAUGAUAGCAUGCAGGUAAGCGCGAACACAGUCGGGGAAUCGAGCGGCCUUUGUCUGUUUGGAACAGUCGGAGAGGCGAGACCAGAACGUGCUACGCUUUGGUAGUACCACCGUUACAGCGGGUACGCAGAAACUGUGCUUCCAUUUUUGAGCCUUGGCGGUGGAACUGUUGCAACAAGUCCGGACAUGCCUUCCGAGGAAAAUAAGGAAAACAUUAUGGAGUUCAACUUGUCGAGUAUACACCAGAGGAUAGACUGCACGUUACGGCAGCUGCAAUCUCAGCAUCAACACGUCGACGACGUCUUAGGAGACAUCAAGUACUUAAAGACGCUUUCCAGCGAAGUCUUGGUCGUCGUGAACGACUUGUACCAGUACCCGAGGAUCAAGUCCCUGAAGGAGCUUAAGAACAUCCGCGACCGGACGACGCACGAUAUUUCCUCGGGGGACCCCUGCGUGGACAACCGAGGGAAGGGGCUGGACUCCCUCGGCGUGCUCAACAGGUUGAACGACUUCAUCACCAAGAUGGAUAAGUACAUCGCCGUACUGCAAGAGAUGUACAUGGGGUUCACGCAGAAGGUGUUAGUACCAUUGCAGACGUUCUGCUCGGGACACCAACCUUACAUCGGUAGGGAGGACAUCUCCCUUCAACGGAUCGAGUCGGAGAUUCUGGACUUGAUGAGCAAGAUCAAGGUCUUGCUGUGGAGCCCUGAGGUCGAGGACUACUACUUCAGUAACGAGUUGUUUUCACAGACUGUAGCGGACGAGGUAGACUGUACGGCCUGUCCGUUGCUCAGACUGAUCCCUGAUGUUUUACAGAAAAUGAAUGCUGUAUUCACCCGGGCUCAGACGUGGCUUAGGCGGGAUAUUCUGUACGUCCAGAACACAAAGGCGGCCCUACACAGGGCCAGCAAGAAGUGUGUCCAGAUGAGGAGGAGGUACGAUCUGGCUAAAGAAGCGUUCGCACAACUGCAGAGGGAGGCCACGGAAACGGAGAAGUCUAUCCGAAGCCACGAGGAGAGGCUAGCGCACAUUAAAGAGGAGAUUCAGAGGUUCAGAAAAGAGCGAGAGAAAGUCAGGGAGUCGAAAACGCAGCUGGAAGACAAGCUGCAAGACUCUUCGAACUUGAUCGACGUCUCCUUGGACGUCUUGAAAGUGAGAGUGAAAGCCUUGAGAAAGCGUCUCCUCGUCUUGGGAACCAAAAUCGAGUCCCGAGAGAGAACCUACGGGCACAUCAAGGAGAAACUCAAGGCUCUGAAGAUCGAGCACAAAAUCAUUCAGGACAGAAUCAAGAACUCCGAGAAGUAUCUCGAGGAGAUGGAAGAAAAACUCAAGGCGUUGUUGAAGACGAAACACUCGUGGGAACAAAGACACGCGUUUAAGACGGACCCGGAACACCUCCGAGCCAAGCAAGAGGCCAAGACGGUCCGAAUCCCCCUCAAGGCCGUCCGAGUGAAGACAUUUGUCACCAAGACACGCCAACAAACUCUCCAGCGAGCCCUGGCGCUAGUGGAGGAGAUAUACGACGGGAAGCAGUGGAAGCGACUCGCCACCCGCCUGACGUGGCCGGACGGUGCGCACAUCACAGCCGAGGACAUGGCCGCCAUCCAGGCCCGUUGUCCUGACGACAUCCCCGCGCAGGCGCAGAAGAUGCUGAUGUUGUGGAGGGCGCGCUGCGGCAAGAUGGCGUCGACGGAGUCCCUCAUGCUCGCGCUGAAGUCAAGCGACCAGACGGACGUUGCGGAAAGGAUCGAAAAGCUGUUAGAUCAACAGUGAAAUUAUAAAUUAUGUGAUUAAAAGAAGAUAUGUGUCAGGAUAGAGAUUGCGAUCUAGCAGAAUAUAUUGCCGAUUCUGU